CUUUUUGUACCCUCCCCCUGCUUUUGGAUUUAUGCUGUUGUAGUGUUUCAAGUAGGACUUUCUCCUGACAGUGUGUGUUAAUAACUGGAAAAUUCCCUAUCUGUAGACUAGCACCAUCUUGACAAGCCUGUGUUCUGCUUCUACCUUGCUAAUUGUUUCCUUGGGAUUAUUUGGAUUGUGUAGAAAGCCUUUUGCAAAUCCUCUUAUUACUGAAGUCAUUGUUGCCAGCAGGAAUAAGAUUAAAGGUGCUUAAGUCUGUAGAGUUGUUUCUAAUUUGUUCAUGUCAUUUCAGUGGCAUUUUAACAGAACUCUGUCUCCUGUCCCUCCCUUCUCCCCUGGUACCAUCUCAAGUUAGGUCCAAGAUGCCAGACCAUUGGAAGAAAUCUCAUUUUAUCCUCCUAAUUAUUAUGCUGGCACUCGGCAGAUAAUUUUUCCCUUCAUGCACUGCCAAUUAAUAUGCAAAUAAGCUGAUAAAUAUUUAUGUAUUCAUUUAAAUUAUGCAGGGAGUGCUUUCAGUGUAUUCUGUAAAUGAAUUGUUCCUGGACUUCAAAGUGCUAAGCUGCUGUGCUAACGAGGAGAGAUUUGCAUAAGGCCCUAAUCACACGCAUACUGAUUAAGCUUCAUUAUGGAAACUGCCAGCUGCAAUCUUUGUUUCUAUUUUAUUACAAAAAGGGGAACUUUUCAUGCUUCAGUUGCCUUGACAAUGUCAGUCCUAGCUGGUAGAAGAGACUAAAACUCCUCUGAGCAACUGAAGUUUCCUUAUUCAGUUGAAGAUUGCUAUGGUGUAACUGAAGUUGUAUUUUGAUUCUCUUGUUAAUUCACUUUCCACUCCUCCCACCCUUGUUCUCUUAAGAACAUAGUACAGAUUUGUUAGAAAUAGUAGUACCUUCUUUCCCCCAUCCCAAACGAUACCUGUUCCUUCUUGCUUUGGACUGUCUGCACCUCCUGAAGAUUUUACAGCAAUGCUGGACUGCAGUGACUGUGUUCUAGAUUCAAGAAUGAACAAUCCGUCAGAAACCAAUAAGUCAUCUAUGGAGAGUGGAGAUGGCAGCACUGGCACGCAAACGAAUGGUCUGGACUUUCAGAAACAGCCUGUAACUGUUGGAGGAGCAAUCUCAACAGCCCAAGCCCAGGCUUUCCUUGGACAUCUUCACCAGGUCCAGCUCGCUGGCACAAGUCUUCAGGCUGCUGCUCAAUCUUUAAACAUUCAGUCUAAAUCUAGUGAAGAAUCUGGGGAUUCACAGCAACCAAGCCAGCCUUCCCAGCAACCUUCAAUGCAGUCAGCCAUACCCCAGACCCAGCUAAUGCUGGCUGGGGGGCAGAUAACUGGGCUUACCUUGACGCCAGCCCAGCAGCAGUUACUGCUACAGCAGGCGCAGGCGCAAGCCCAGCUCCUGGCUGCUGCAGUACAGCAGCACUCCGCCAGCCAACAGCACAGUGCCGCUGGGGCCACCAUCUCAGCCUCCGCUGCCACACCCAUGACUCAGAUCCCACUGUCUCAGCCUAUACAGAUCGCACAGGAUCUUCAACAGCUGCAACAGCUUCAACAGCAAAAUCUCAACUUGCAACAGUUUGUGUUGGUGCAUCCAACCACCAACUUGCAACCAGCACAGUUUAUCAUCUCACAGACCCCCCAGGGCCAGCAGGGUCUCCUGCAAGCGCAAAAUCUUUUAACACAACUACCUCAACAAAGCCAAGCCAACCUCCUACAGCCACAGCCAAGCAUCACCCUCACCUCCCAGCCAGCCACCCCAACUCGCACAAUAGCAGCAACACCAAUUCAGACACUUCCACAGAGCCAGACAACACCAAAGCGAAUUGAUACUCCCAGCUUGGAGGAGCCCAGUGACCUUGAGGAGCUUGAGCAAUUUGCCAAGACCUUCAAACAAAGACGAAUCAAACUUGGAUUCACUCAGGGUGAUGUUGGGCUCGCUAUGGGGAAAUUAUAUGGAAAUGACUUCAGCCAAACCACCAUUUCUCGCUUUGAAGCCUUGAACCUCAGCUUUAAGAACAUGUGCAAGUUAAAGCCACUUUUAGAGAAGUGGCUAAAUGAUGCAGAGAACCUCUCAUCUGAUUCUACCGCAUCUAGCCCAAGUGCCCUGAAUUCUCCAGGGUUGGGGGCUGAGGGCUUGAAUCGUAGGAGGAAAAAACGCACCAGCAUAGAGACCAACAUCCGUGUGGCCUUAGAGAAGAGUUUCAUGGAGAAUCAAAAGCCUACCUCGGAAGAUAUCACCUUGAUUGCUGAACAGCUCAAUAUGGAAAAGGAGGUGAUCCGUGUUUGGUUUUGUAACCGCCGCCAGAAGGAGAAAAGAAUUAACCCACCAAGCAGUGGUGGGACCAGCAGCUCACCUAUCAAAGCAAUUUUCCCCAGCCCAACCUCACUGGUGGCAACCACUCCAAGCCUUGUGACAAGCAGUACAGCAACAACCCUCACAGUCAACCCUGUCCUUCCCUUAACCAGUGCUGCAGUGACUAAUCUCUCUCUUACAGGCACUACAGACACUACAUCCAACAACACAGCCACUGUGAUUUCUACAGCACCCCCUGCUCCCUCAGCAGUCACUUCCCCCUCCUUGAGUCCUUCCCCAUCUGCCUCAGCCUCCACCUCUGAGGGUUCUAGUGCCAGUGAGACCAGCACAACACAGACCACCUCCACACCUCUUCCCUCCCCUCUCGGGGCCAGCCAGGUGAUGGUAACAGCAUCUGGCUUACAAACAGCAGCUGCUGCUGCUCUCCAAGGAGCUGCACAGUUGCCAGCAAAUGCCAGUCUUGCUGCUAUGGCUGCUGCUGCAGGACUCAACCCAGGCCUAAUGGCACCCUCACAGUUUGCUGCUGGAGGUGCCUUACUCAGUCUCAAUCCGGGAACUCUGGGCGGUGCUCUCAGCCCAGCCCUAAUGAGCAAUAGUACACUGGCUACUAUUCAAGCUCUUGCUUCUAGUGGUUCUCUUCCAAUAACAUCGCUGGAUGCAACUGGGAACCUGGUAUUUGCCAAUGCAGGCGGAGCCCCCAACAUCGUGACUGCCCCUCUGUUCCUGAACCCUCAGAACCUCUCUCUGCUCACCAGCAACCCAGUAAGCUUGGUUUCUGCAGCUGCAGGCUCCACAGGGAACUCGGCACCUGCAGCCAGCCUGCAUGCCUCCUCCACCUCUGCUGAACCCAUCCAGAACUCUCUAUUCACAGUAGCCUCUGCCAGUGGGGCUGCCUCCACCACCACCACCGCCUCCAAGGCACAGUGAGCAGAGUCAAGAGCUGGGCUGCCACAGGCCUUCAGCACUGCAGCAAGAUGGGCUGCCAGCUGUUGAAAAAACUAAGUGUGAUUGGCUUCCUCCCAUCAUGUGAGGGUUAGGGAGACAUGCAGAGAAGAAAAAAAAAAAUACAUAUACCAGGAAAAACAAAAAAAACAAAAAAAAAAAAAAGAA